AUGGAGCAGAGCCCCAUAGUGGUGAUCCUGCUGUGCGCCCUGUGCAUUCCAGCAGCACUUCCCUUGGGAUCAGGAAUGGAGCUUCCCUCGGGAGCAGGAUCGGAGCUUCCCUUGGAAUCAGGCUCAGAGCUUCCCUCAGGAGCAGGAUUGAAGCUUCCCUUGGGAUCGGGAAUGGAGCUUCCCUCGGGAGCAGGACUGGAGCUUCCCUUGGAAUCAGGCUCAGAGCUUUCCUUGGGAGCAGGAUCAGAGCUUCCCUUGGGAUCGGGAAUGGAGCAUCCCUUGGGAUCGGGAUCGGAGCUUCCCUCAGGAGUGGGAUCGGAGCUUCCCUUGGAACCAGGCUCAGAGCUUUCCUCGGAACCAGGAUUGGGAUCAGAGCUUCCCUCGGAACCGGGAUCUGAGCUUCCCUCGGCAGUGAGAUCGGGAUCGGAGCUUCCCCCGAAACCAGGCUCAGAGCCUCCCUCGGGGUCGGAAGUUCCCUCAGAACCGGGGUCUGAGCUUCCCUCGGAGCCAGGCUUGGGCUCGGAUCUUCCCCCGGGGUCGGAGUCCAUCCCGCUGGGGCUGAAGCCCAUGGUGGUGGUGAACUCCACGCCCUGCAGCGUCACCUGCGGGCUGGGCGUGAAGCAGGAGCGGCUGUGCGAGGUCAGCCCGGCCGGGGAGCGCCGCAAUUGCUCCCAGGUGCGCUCGCGCUGCCUCAGCGAUUGGAUCUGCGGCCUCCGGCACCUCAGCGUUCCCGAGGGAAAACCCGUCCGGCUCACCUGCCUCUCCCCGGACGCCGCCAGCCUGGAGGGACCAAAUUUCGGCUACACCUGGAGGUUCGCCCAGGGGCUCAUCACCACCAACGACCUCCUGUUCCACCCCUUCCGCAAUCCCAGCCCUUCCCUGAGCUUCUCGCCGGCGCUGGAGUCGCAUUCCGGCACCUACCGCUGCGACGUGCAGGUGCUGAGCUCCUUCCAGCUCGUCAAGAGGAUCUACUUCGGCCUCAGGGUGAUCCCCAGGGGUCUGGUGGAUCUCGACUUCGAGAAAUCCCUGACCUGGGAGCAGCAGCUGGCGGCCAACGGGGAGGAACCGCCGGGAAACGCCACCGGGCCCCCGGAGCAUCGGAAGAAUUUUUGGGAGAUGCAGUGGUUCUACGAGGUCGUGCUGGGAAUCGGGAGUGGGGUGAUCAUGGGGAUCGUGUUCAGCCUCGGGCUCUGCUGCCUGGGCAGGAUUUGCAGGAGAAGAGCAGCACGAGAAAUGAACGGAGAUUGACGCGAUUCCCUGUCUUUGGCUCUUUGUUAGGAUCAGGAAUUCAGGGUGGGAGUCUUGGGAUCGUCCAUGGUUGGAUUUUGGUGAUCCUCCCCUUCCAACUCAGGACGUUCCAUGGAUCCCGUAACUAUUUAAUGGGAUAUUUAGAAUUUAUUUGCGACAGA